UUGUUAGUUUUUAUUGUUCUUGAAAUGUGAUGUGGCAUGUGGAUGCUGACUCCAGCUGCUGUCCUUUUAUUGAAAAGCAAGGUAGUCUGAGGAAUAACUAAAACUGUUGACAGCAGUGACACGCACGACUUAAAAUCAUUACGCUCAAAUAUUGCUAACAGUCAUCUCUCUAAAUCAACGCGAUGCUCACUUUAGUUAGUUACGCAAACUCUGGCAGCCACGCUACUCAAUGUUUCUGGCAGCAAUGGUUGCGAAUACUGCCGCACAGAAUUCAGUACAGACUGUUUUGACGCGUCUGUCGCGUGACGCAAUAUUGCACACACAUGAAUCGGCCUUCAGCGGCGACUCACUCACAGACAUCCAGAAAUUUGUGUGGCUGCUCUACUACGCGGCCUUUAGAGCAUCUCUUUACUCUUGUGCGAAGGCUGUCUGCGUCAGCUGUUCAUACGCGAACAACAGAAAAUGGUCCGACAAAUUCGAAUAUAUCUCGACAAUCCUGUAGCGACGUAUUACGGAGGCGAUACCGUAACGGGGAAAGUAGUUGUCAAAACAGACGAAGAGGAAAAAAUUCGCUAUAUUUCUGCAAAAUGUAGAGGUGAAGCAAAUGUAAGGUGGACCAGACGAGUGAGAAGAAGAGGCCAUACCAAGCAUAUUAGAUAUUCAGCACAUGAAAACUACUUUGAAACAAAAUAUUACUUUGUUGGAGGUCCAUCUGAGGAGCUCAUACUUCCACCAGGAGAGCAUGUGUAUAAUUUUUCUGUCAAACUCCCAGAAAAUUUACCAUCGUCAUUUGAAGGCACAUACGGCCACAUUCGUUACACAAUCAAAGCAAAAAUGAACCGUCCAUGGGCAUUUGAUGAAAAAGUCAAAGCUUUCUACACUGUGUUAUCACAUCUAGAUCUGAAUACAGAUCCUUUGGUCAAGGAACCAGUAUCACAAGUCACUGAGAAAACUCUGUGCUGCUGCUGGUGCAGAUCCGGCCCUUUAACAUUAGUUGCUAAAGUUCCAGCUACAGGAUUUGUCUCUGGACAAGAAAUACCUGUGACAGUAGAGGUUGAUAAUGCAACUGAAGAAACAAUAAGUGCUGUUACAUGUUCUCUAAAGAAGAAUGUGUGUUUCACUGCCCAUUCACCUCGUAAGGAAACAAAGAGAAUAACAGACAAAAUGGAGACUAUUGUGUAUGAACCUGUGGGGCCAAAUGCAUCUAGAACUUGGACCAGAAAGUUGAAAAUUCCUAGUUUGCCUCCAUCCAAUUUGAAUAAAUGCAGUAUCAUUGAUCUUGAUUACUUUUUGCAUGUUAAAGCUGUUAUCAAUGGGCCCCACAAAAACUUACAUGUAAACAUCCCAAUAAAAUUAGGAACAAUUCCACUCUUGAGCUACAUACCACCUGCAUUAUCCAAACAGAUAUUGAACUCCUCCAUGCAGACUCCUCAACUCCCCUCCUUGCAAGAUGCCCCUGUCAAAUCUCCACAGUCAUCCGCAGCUUCGGCACCAUGUCCACCACCUCAGACACAGUACUCUACUGCACCAUGUUCCUCCAAUAUUGCAGCUGCCAUGCCACCCAGCACAAGUCAGCAGGGUACGACAGAUGGACUGUCAAAUGAGUUUAACAUAGUUCCAUCUGCGCCACCCCUGCCAUACCCAGAAGUUCCGCCUCCUUCUUAUGAAGAAUGUGUGUAUGGACCCAGUAAUAUUGAUGAUGAAGAAGAUACAGGAAAUUAUCAGGAUGAUAACAGAUUUGUUCCAAGGUAUCCCACAUACAAUCUACAUUUUGAAAAGGACUCUGGAUCAUGAGAAUUUGGUUCUGAUCAUAUUGUGCUUUUGAUGCAAGGCUUCUGGGCUAAUGCUCUAGAGGAAAGCAAUGCUGAAUGUCUGCAUUUCCCUAUAAACUACAAUUUAUGAUCACAAUAGAGGUGCAGCCAUCCUACAGGGCCAUGAAAUAUCAUUCCUUGUUUGGCUAAAGCAUGUAUCUGCUUGUCUGUUAUGCAAAUAUUGUAUUUUUACAAGGGUAAGGCAAUGGUUGCUCUUGUUCUUUCAUGUAAUUAUACUCAUUUAAUUUACAGUCUAAUAUUGGAAGUUCAGUAUUAUAUUGAAUUAUACAGAAGUUGUUAACAUUUAUUAUAAUUGUAAAUGACUGUAGUUACACAUUUUCAUUGUUGUGGUGUGACUGUUGAAAUCAGCCCAAUAGUAUUUUGUCUGUAUAUUUUUUCUUGAAAAAUUUAUGGGCAUGAAUGGAACAAAGACAUUUCCAGUUAUGUGACUGAAAAUUUAGUUGACAGACUUCACACAGAGAAGGGCACCAUUGUUGAAUUUUGUGAGCUCUAACUUUACAACUGUGAACAGUUUUCAGGCUUUUUUUAAUUUUCUUUCCAUUUGACGAGUUAGCUCUUUGCCUGUAGCUGAUUACUUUGCACACUCUCUUUCUGUGCAUUAUUAAAUGACAUCAUGAAUAAUUGUGUAAUUUAAGUGGUUCAUGUUUGCCACUGUUUUCUGUAUGCAACCCUUAACUGAAUUAGAUCCAUGCAAUAACAUGAGUUUAGUGUGUUGCUAAACUGUUACUAUAGAGUGUUUUUAUGCUGAUGCAUUCCUAACAACUAUAAUAAAACAAAAGAUUGGCUACUUUAGUACUUAAUAAAGCAAAUUUUACAACAGGGACAUUCUUUGGUAUCUGGUUAUAGAGGACACAUUUUCAUUACAGUUCAUUAAACAUUGUAAUUUCAGAUUUCCAUGUAACAAAAUACUUCUCAAAUAUCAUAUACAGUUUAUAUUUUAGGACUAUACUGGUCAUUAAGUUUUAUAAUGCUAUCAAAAGAAAUGUCCCCACACAUGAUCUUGUUCUGUUUAUUCCCUCAAGAUAAAUGAAUAAGAAAUGGGACAAGAAUAAUUACAAAAAAAUUGAAGUCAAUUUUAAGUAAUAAAAAAUGCAUUUUUGUAAAUGUCUUUAACCUUUUUUCCCACAAAAAGUCAUUGGUACUGGGAUAUUGUUGAAAACUUUUGUCUAGAGUCAUGGUUUCAUACAAUAUCAUUCAGUGUAAAGAUAGAUAUUGUCAUAUUUCAUACGUUUUAUGUCUCACUGUGACUCAGAUUUUCUACUGCCUUAAUUUAGCACCUUCUAAAGGUUAAAUUGGGUUGCUUUUCUCAGAUUUCCCCACUUUUGAUUGAGAAAGUGCCAUUGCUGGAAUAGUUUUGUUUCACUUACCUCAUCUUAUUCAGUAACAUUUUAUAGUGAGACUAGUCAUUCUUGGACCACCGGGCUACAUAUUUCAUUAAUUCAUUUCUACUGCCUUAAUUUAGCACCCUCUAAAGGUUAAAUUGGGUUGCUUUUCUCAGAUUUCCCCAUUUCUCAUUGAGAAAGUGCCAUUCCUGGAAUAGUUUUGUUUCACUUAUCUCAUCUUAUUUCGUUAAGAGUGCUUUUUCACAUGAGUUACAUAUUAUUAAUGAUAGAUAUUCUUUGUAGCAAAUCAUGUUUCUAAACACCAGAUACAUACAUCACAGAAAUUUAGCUCUACUGAAUUUGUUCACACUUGGAAGUAACACAUGUGAAACAUAUUUAACAACCACAGAUAUACAUAUGAUACAGUACAAAAUACCCUCCUUUAGCAAGGUGAAGCCCAUGAAGAGCAUAAUAUAGAAUUGUUAUUCUUUCAAUUACUUAUUAUGUUACUGUUCCUAACCUCAUCAUAAUAUGUUGCAUUGUAUGUAGCAUUUGCAUUGUGUGAAAAAAAAUUUAAGAAUAUCUGUUUUUUCAUAUGUAUUAUGCAUGUAAUAAAUUUUAUGAAAUCUACACUCAGUAUCAGUACUAAACAAGUUCGUCACUGUGACAAUAUACCGUUUUUUUUGUGUAUGAAUUUAUAUUUUUGAUAGUGUAUAUUGUUAUACUAUGGAUAUUUUAUAUGGAGUAAAAGUUUCCUGUGAAUUUUUUAUACUGAUUAUGUACUUCAUAUAAAUAAAGAAGGAAGUAAUUUUCUGGA